AUGAUGGUUUCUUCUGUGUGUAUUUUGUUAUGCAUUGCUUCAUCAGUUCUUGGUGGCAACACUACCGAUUACAACAUUCAUGGAACCAUCACCCCUAGAUGGGAGUUUGUUUUGGAUCUAUUCAAAGAUAAUUUUAUACACGAUCGAGAUUUAGGUGCAUCAGUGGCUGUUUAUCAUCAAGGUAAAUUGGCAAUUGAAUUAUGGGGAGGUUGGUUUGAUCAAUCGAAAACGAAACUCUAUGACGACAAUACUUUACAGCUAGUUUUUUCAUCAACGAAAGGACUUGUGGCAGUGGCAGUUGCUAUUGCUGUCCAACGCGGUUAUCUCGAUUAUUCAGCAUUAGUUACUCGUUAUUGGCCAGAAUAUGGACAAAAUGGUAAAGAAAAUACUACGGUAGCAGACAUUCUGUCACAUCGUUCUGGAUUACCAGAUACUUCAUCACCAUUAGAGCAAUAUCUCAAUUGGACAGCAAUGAUUAAAGAAUUAGAGAAACAAACACCAGUAUGGCCACCUGGAUCAACUCACGGUUAUCAUGCAUUAACAUACGGUUGGCUUGCUGGAGAACUUGUGAGACGUACUGAUCCCAAAAAAAGAUCGUUUGGACAAUUUAUUCGAGAAGAAAUUUCAAAUCCGUUGAGUUUAGAAUUCUACAUCGGUCUACCACUUGGACUUGAACGUCGGGUAUCGCCAAUAGAACUAAGUGAAAAGUCGAGAGAGUCACUGAACGAAUCGAAUAUCGCCCUUAUAAACAUGUUCAAUAAGCCUAGUGCACAUCAAGCAGAAAUACCAGCUGGAAAUGGAAUUACCAAUGCUCGAUCAUUAGCGAGAUUAUAUUCAUCAUUAAUUAGCGAUUUAGAUAAUGGUAAAUACAAGUCAAUAUUAAAUGAUGAUAUUCUGAAAUUAGUAACGAAAUCAAACACACCUAAAAAUGAAAUCGAUUACGUCUAUCAAGUACCUACAACGUUUGGUAUGGGUUUUGUCCUGUUUGAUGAUAUUUUUCCAGAAUUUGGGCCUGGGACUUUUGGUCAUACAGGUGCUGGUGGUAGUAUUGGUUUUGCUGUACCAUCAAAAAAUCUCUCGUUUGCCUUCGUUAUGAAUCGACUUGAUACGACUACUCUUUACGUAGACAUACGCAUCAAGUCUAUGGUGGCUAAAAUUGCUGAAUGGAUUGGUUAA